AUUUCGGAUGGUAUAUCCUCAUUUGUGUCUUCCUUUGUUUAUCACGCUGCGCCAUUACCAGUUCACCACUUACCUCUCUGCAGCCAUCUCCCUGCUCAUCGUGCCGUCACCGCUCAACGCGUCAUUCUCUCAGUUCGAGGCGUCCAUUCUCUUCUCCUCUGCGUCCAUUCUCCUCUCCGCCGCUGCUCCGUGCUCUUCUCUCCGCUCGCGUACGCUGCGCCGUCCCCCACCUCGUCCAACUGCUCCGUGCUCUGCGUCGCCGCUCAUCGUCCGCUCGAAAUAAGACCGCAGUCUGCCGUCGACAGCAUCGCCGCGCAGCCGUUGGUUGCCCCUUCUCCUCCUCCUCCUCCUCCUUCUCCACUUCAGCACUGGAACUUGAACCUAUGUUUUUCUCUGCUUCGCUUCAUGAUUGGAAGCCAUGGCGAUAUUCUUCUCUGUAGCUCCGUUUAGUUUUUCUGGGUCCAAGCAUUCCUUCUUUAACAAUGCACCUAAUCAAGCACUUAAGAGUUUGCGCCAUUUCACAAAUAAUUGUGUUGGGGCUAGAAAAGUUUCUUGUCUUAUUGCUUUUGCGGUAAACGGCAGCUCCACUGUUCAAAUGAUACAGAAAAGAAACACAUCAAGGAAAGAGGGUAAGAACCCGUUUUUGAGUGAGGGAAGAGAUGCGGAUGAGAGUCGUGGACCAAUUUGCCCUGGUUGUGGGGUCUUCAUGCAAGAUGAAGACUCUAACCUUCCUGGGUACUAUCAACAGAGGAAGGUGAAAAUGGAAGAUGAAUUAUUAGAUGAGGAUGAUGAUGUUUUUUAUAAUGUUAGUGUAGAAGAAGAUGUUGAUGGUGAUGGUGAUGAUGAUGAUGAUGAUGAUGUUGGGUUCCUGGAUGGCAUUAAAAAUGAACUUGGAGGAGAUAUUGAGGUAUUACCAGAUCAUUUCAAUUGGGAUUCUAAUGAGUGGAAAACUAAGUUGUUGGGUGUAGAGGAUGAUGAGACUGAUUUAAAUGGCUUUGUGCCUGCAGGGGUUGGGUAUGGUAACAUCACUGAGGAGGUCCUAGAGAGAAAGAGAAAGAAGAAAGUAUCAAAAGCUGAGAAAAAGAAGCUGACUAGGGAGGCUCAGAAGGUAAAGGAAGAUGGUACUGUGUGCGCCAGGUGUCAUUCUUUGAGGAAUUAUGGGCAGGUGAAAAAUCAUACUGCUGAGAAUUUGAUACCCGAUUUUGAUUUCGAUAGGUUGAUUUCCACUCGGUUGAUGAACCAUUCUGGCAAUGGCAGUGCUACUGUUGUUGUUAUGGUUGUGGAUUGUGUUGAUUUUGAUAGUUCUUUUCCUUGGACGGUAGCAAAAUCGUUGUUUAAGGCAUUGGAAAAAAUCCAGGAUCACUCGAAGAAGGGUAAGAAAUUGCUAAAACUCGUUCUUGUGGCUACAAAGAUUGAUCUCCUUCCAUCAGAGGUUUCCCCUACAAGGUUGGAUAGAUGGGUUAGACACCGAGCAAGUGCUGCGGGAGCACCUAAACCAAGUGCGGUUUAUCUUGUAAGUUCUCAAAAGGAUUUAGGCAUAAGGAAUCUGUUAUCCUUCAUAAAGGAAUUGGCAGGUCCUCGGGGGAGUGUGUGGGUGAUUGGGUCUCAGAAUGCAGGGAAGUCUACCCUAAUCAAUGCAUUUUCAAAGAAACAAGGAGCUAAAACUAUAAAACUCACAGAAGCCUCGAUUCCUGGGACAACACUUGGGAUCUUGAGAAUUGGAGGAAUUUUGUCAGCUAAGACUAAGAUGUUUGACACUCCAGGGAUCCUGCAUCCUUAUUUAAUGUCGAUGAGAUUGAACAGGGAAGAGCAAAAGAUGGUUGAGAUACGCAAGGAACUUCGGCCUCGAUCAUAUAGAAUCAAGGUAGGGCAGGCAGUGCAUAUUGGAGGCUUGACAAGAAUUGACUUUAUUAAAGCCUCUAUUGAAACAAUAUAUGUGACAGUUUGGGCAUCACCAAAUGUUUCUCUUCACAUGGGAAAAGUAGAAAAUGCUGAAGAGGUUUGGAGUAAUCAUGUUGGUGUUAGGUUGCAGCCUCCCAUUGGCAAUAAACGCGCUGCUGACUUAGGCACAUGGCAAGAAAUGGAAAUUAAGGUAUCUGGAACUAGUUGGGAGGUCAACAGUAUUGACAUAGCGAUAGCUGGCUUAGGUUGGUAUUCUCUGUGCCUCAAAGGGGAAGCAACCAUGAAACUGUGGACCUUUGAUGGUGUUGAAGUAACCUUAAGAGAGCCAUUGGUCCUUGACCGGGCCCGGUCCCUCGAGAAACCUGGUUUUUGGUUAACAAGAACUAUCUCUGAUGCUAUUGGCAACCAAACCAAACUUGAAGCUCAAAAAAGACAAAAACUUGAUGAUCAAGAUACAGAUUUUGUGGGGGCAGGUUUCGAACUAUCACCUUGAGCAGAAAUUUUUAAUAUCUUUGCAAGAGUACUUUUAGGUGAAAAUACAAGAUAUAACUGAAUUUGACAUGGUGCAGAGGCAAUAGCAUGUUUUUAGCUAGAAGUUUUUUGUGCCGGUCUCUCUUUGCUAGUUGGUGUGAGAACCCGCUGCCAAUUUAUAAAUAGAAAGUAGAGAUAAAUGUAACCCUUCUUGUUUAAGUGUUAUGUUAAAUGAUUUUGUAGUAUGUAUGUAGUUUGUAUGUAGGGGUGCCCUUCCAAUUUAUAGGUAGAAAGUAGAGAUAAAUGUAAUCCUUCUUGUUUAUGUGUUACAUUUAUUGAUUUUGUAGUAUGUAUAAAAUUUGUAUGUAGGGACUAGGGGUGUUUAGUUUGC